GAUACAAAACUAAAUAAUAAAAUCAAUAACCGGUGAACACGUGUUUCAAGUGCGUGAACGGUGGAGCCGUCACAAGAAGUCAUCACGGCUUGCAUUUUGGGUGGACUGCAGGCCGCGUGGAGAAGCAGUUCCAGUUCAACAUCGGACGGCAUGUCGGCUGAGGUCAGCUUCACGAAGAGGGCCGCACAGGAGUUAUCCCGUUGUUUCAAUGGCAUAACUGUCCGCCAGAAUCGAUCUAAAGCACAGUCAACUGCUGCUAACAAUGCGGACAACACUUCACAACAACCGAUUAAUGGCAAUCAAAAACCAUUAAUCAAUGAAUCGACACAAUUGAUUGGAAAAACACAAUUAACUAAUUAUGUUAAUAAUCGAAGCAAUAAUAGCUGUCAUAAUUUGAAUUUAUCGCCAAAAUUCAAUCAUAAGGUUACACCUAAUGGCACACCCAGGAGGGGCUCACGUAAUGGUUUGCUACCACCACAGGCACCUCCUAAGACAUGGAGGGCCCGCAGAAAAAAUUAUUUAUUGAAUGUUCAAAGGGCUAAAUAUAUCGAUGAACUCUGGAGUGACAAUAAAUUUUUGAUGAAAUUUUUCACUUAUUUCUCUCCAAUUGAACGAUGCCUAUUGGCUCAGGUUUGUAAGACAUGGCAAACAUUGUUAUAUAGUGAUCACCGAUUUUGGCGACACUUAAUGCCCGUAUUAUUUUGUGAUGAAUUAAGACGAGAAAAGUCAUUGACCAGUGCUGCCAGUGAUCAGCAAAUAGUGGUCAAUACAUGUGGUCCACAAUUAGGACUUCCAAAUGGCGCUGAUUUUGUGAUCAAUGAGAUCAAAGCAAAUCUUUACUAUAGUAUCGAUGUUCGCAGCUUUGAUUCAAUUGGUAUGUUUGGCGCCACAGACGGUGAUAUCGUUGACUUCACGUCCAAAACAAGGCCAACACUUUUGAAUCGUUUGACGACUGUAUCACUACGUAAUUCAUCCAUUAGUGAUAAAGGACUGGAAGUGCUUCUCUCCUCUUUGUCAUCGCUAUUGAAACUUGAAUUAACGGGCUGUAAUGAAAUCACUGACUCAGUUAUGUGGACAGCUUUGGUACCCAAACUUGAAAUUUUGGUUAUUAUGGACUGUAUUAACAUUUCCGACGAGACUGUUGCAGCUAUUUGUCAAAUGUUACCAAAUUUAAAGAAAUUACAAAUACAAGCAUAUCAUGUGACUGACACAUCAAUGGCAUAUUUUGGUAGCACAAUGGCCAGGGAGAAUUUGCGUGUCUUAAUGUUACAUCAUUGCUGGGAACUGUCUAAUCAAGGUGUGGCUACACUCGCACACGGACUUCCAAAUUUACAUACACUCUCUCUGUCGGGUUGUUCUAAAGUGAGCGACGACGCCAUUGAAGUGAUCGCCGAACAGAUCCGCGGAUUACGAUAUCUGGACCUCUCGUGGUGUCCGCGGGUUAGCGACGCCUCACUUGAAUAUAUUGCGUGUGAUUUGUCCGAUACUUUAACACAUCUAAUACUCGAUCGUUGUCUACACAUAACAUGUAUCGGAAUGGGAUACGUGGCCACAAUGACCCGAUUAUAUCAUCUUUCAUUACGUUGGUGUCCUCAGGUCAGGGAUUUUGGUCUACAAACACUGUGUUCAAUGAGAUCACUUAAAAGUCUAUCAUUAGCUGGUUGUCCUCAGUUGACAAUAACAGGUCUCUCGUGUUUAGUACAAAUGCAAACCUUAUCUGACUUAGAGUUGACUAACUGUCCGGCGGCUACACCCGAGUUAAUUAACUAUCUGAGCGAUAAUUUGCCACAUAAUUGUAUGAUUACUAUUUAGUCAAACAAGCCUAUCAUGUUAGAUGUAUUCACAAAUAGUCAAAAUAAGAUAUGACCCUGCUCAUAUAUCUUCUAAUUAUCACACUA